UAUACGAAAGAGUUACAAUAAAAUAGCGAGGAAGCUGAAAACGUAAAGAGCCGCCUUUCGCAAAGCAUGUUGAUUCUCCUCCGCAGACACGGCCCCAAACUUUUUCAGAAUACGAUUAUGAACUCCGGUAACUUGACUCGCCUCCACACAUCCGCCGCAGCCUCGCGACUCCGACCGACCACUACUGGCCUCUAUGGGUUCGAUCACUUGAAAACCCCCAAAGGCUUUCACCGUUUCGUCGAUGAUGCUAUCCAAAGGUCCGGAGAGCUGGUUACGUACAUUGCAACAAUGCCUUCUUCAGCGGAAAUUAUCAGAGCCAUGGACGAAAUUUCUGACACUGUUUGCUCCGUUGUUGACUCCGCGGAGCUUUGCAGACACACUCAUCCGGACAGGGAAUUUAUUGAGGAAGCAAACAAUGCGUGGAUGAAAAUCAAUGAGUAUCUACAUUAUCUCAAUACUAAUCAUACCCUUUAUGAUGCGGUGAAAAAAGCUGAGCAAGAAAGUCACCUGCUCACUGAGGAAGCUCAAAGAGCAGCGCGCUACCUGCGAAUUGACUUUGAGAGGGGUGGAAUUCAUCUUCCUGCUGAGAAACUAGAUCGUGUAAAUCAACUAAGCAUAGAAAUUUCUCAGCUCUGCAGAGAGUACAGUGAAAAUAUCAUCAUUGACCCAGGUUCUGUGGACAUAUUUCCAUCAUCAAGAGUUCCAAAAAAUUUGCACCAUUUAGUUAAGCCCAUUUAUCAUUCAGCAUCAGCAAAUUCAAGGGAGUCAUUAAAUCUUGGAAAUACCAUGAAAAAAAAAGGCUUCCGAAUAGAAACAGAUGCACCAACUCUAUCUUCAGUUCUGCAAUUGACACCUGACGAUGAGGUAAGGAAAAUGGCAUAUAUUCGAGGAAACUCUUCCCCUCAGGCAAAUCUUGGUGUUCUUAAUAGGCUUAUAAGUGCUCGCAAUGAACUUGCUCAGAUAUUGGGGUAUAGAAGCUAUGCUGAAUUCUCAAUGAAGCCUAACAUGGCUUCGUCUCCAGAAGUCGUGAUGUCAUUUUUGGAAGAGAUGAGCAACAUGGUCCGACCUAGUGCUGAUGAGGAAUUUAGAAAAAUUAGGGAUUUUAAGAGAGGAAAAUGUGGUCAAAUAUCUGAAGAUUUAGAGCCAUGGGAUGAAGCUUACUACACUGCACUAAUGAAGUCUUCUGUCUAUAACUUGGAUUCUUCGGUUGUAGCGUCAUAUUUUCCUUUGCCGCAAUGCAUUGAGGGUUUGAAAGUGCUGGUGCAGUCAUUAUUUGGCGCAACAUUUUGCAGUGUCCCUCUAGCACCUGGUGAAUCGUGGCACCCAGAUGUGCUUAAAAUGUCACUUCAUCAUCCUGACGAGGGUGACUUGGGGUAUUUGUAUCUUGAUUUACACUCAAGGAAGGGAAAGUAUCCUGGUUGUGCUCAUUUUGCAAUUAAAGGUGGUCGUCGUGUUUCUGAGACAGAUUACCAACUUCCUGUUGUAGCUCUCAUUUGCAACUUUUCAGGUUCUCCUGAUCCAUUAAAUGUGAGACUAAAUCAUUGGGAACUAGAGACACUUUUUCACGAGUUUGGACAUGCACUUCACUCAUUGCUUUCAAGAACGGAUUACCAACACUUUUCCGGUACCAGGGUUGCUCUUGAUUUAGCAGAAACACCUUCUAACUUAUUUGAGUACUAUGCAUGGGAUUAUCGAGUUUUGAGGACGUUUGCUAGACACUAUUCAACUGGUGAAGUAAUUCCACAGAAGUUGGUUGAAUCAAUGGAGGGUGCCAGAAAGAUGUUUGCUGCAACUGAAUUGCAACGACAGAUUUUUUAUGCCGUAAUGGAUCAAACACUCUUUGGGGAGCAGCCAAACCCACCAAGAGACCCAAGUUCUAUUGUUGCAGACUUGAAAACAAAAUAUACUAGUUGGAAGCAUGUAGAGGGCACACAUUGGCAGUCCCGCUUCAACCACCUCCUAAAUUAUGGUGCAGGUUAUUAUAGCUACUUGUACGCCAAGUGUUUAAGUGCGAGCAUAUGGCAGAAGGUGUGUAAGGAGGAUCCGCUGUCACUAAGCACGGGAGUGGCCUUAAGAAAAAAGUUCUUACAGCAUGGGGGAGCUAGAGAGCCAGCUGAUAUCUUGAAUGGGCUGGUUGGAAAUGGUGUUCUAAGAUAUUGUAAUGGCGGCAUUGUUCCUGAUAUUUCCAGUCUUUGUGAGGAAAUGAAGCUUGAUAGAAGGUAGGGUCAUGUGUCCUAUUUGAAAUCCAGAUAUCAGAAGACCCGUUAGAACAGUUAUUCGAGCGAUUUAAUAUUGGAAUCUGCAGGGGUUAUUUUAAGAAAGAGUACUGGCGAAUGAGGUGAAGUUUGAAAGUUUUGCCAAAGAAAGUACUGGGCAUUACCAUUGGGGAAGUUUGUUGAAGGAAAAGAAAAAGGAUUCAAAUCUGCUCUCCAAAGCUUUAUACUGGAUUAGAGAUGUUGGCCAUUUUACGGUACAUUAUUGUUUCAAAGCUUUAUUCAACUCUAUUGCAAACUUUUGUAACAACUUUCAUUUAUUUUUUUAUUGUUAUUUUUGCAAACUGAAAA